AACACACUACUUAAAACAGUAAAUGCUAGCUAUUCAGGUUUGGCAUGGAUUGGACUGUAUGAUGAUUUGGACAGCUGGAGAUGGUCUCUGGAUGAUGAUAGUUUCUACAAGGAAGGAGAGAAAAUGUACAGGGGGUGGUACCAGGAACCCAAUAACUACAAUGGAAAAGAGCUGUGUGUUUUUAUACAGUCUGAUGGGACAUGGGCUGAUGGAGACUGUAACAAUUAUAUGACUUUUGUUUGCUAUAAUGGAAGAAAUGGAACAAACGAUUACAUCUGGGUUAAUCAGAAUAUGAACUGGGCACAAGCUCAGCAUUACUGCAGGCAAUAUCACAAAGACCUGGCCAGUGUGAGAAAUCAAGCAGAUAAUAAUAAAAUCCUCAACCUCGUAUUGAGCUCUCAGGCUUGGAUCGGCUUAUACAGGACCAGGCUGUGGUCAGACCAGCAUGGUUCUACAUAUGAAAACUGGAGACAAGCCACCCCUUAUAUUCCUGAACAACCAGACAAUGGUUUAUAUGACUUUUGGAAACAUGGCAUUCAGCAAUGUACAGCUGUAUCACUUGAAGAUUCAGGGCAGUGGACAGAUGAAGAUUGCUUAGCAACGCUCCCUUUCAUCUGCUAUAACAAAUUUUGUACAGGAUCAUCAUGCACCCUUCAGUAUCAUUAUGUUACUGAGAAUAAGACCUGGAUUGAAGCCCAGGGCUACUGCAGACAGAACUACACUGACCUGGCCACCAUUAAUAACAUGGAAGAUGUGGGAAAUCUGCUUGACACAGUAUAUGGCAAAUAUUCAGGUUCAGCCUGGAUUGGACUGUAUGAUGAUCUGAACAGCUGGAAAUGGUCUCUGGAUGAUGAUCUUUUAUACAAGAAUGAAGAGAAAGACUUUAGGAACUGGUAUAUAUACAAACCGACAAACUGGCUUGAAAAUAAUAUGUGUGUAUACUUUUCAGUGUAUUAUGACACAUGGUGGGAAACCUAUUGUCAAGCCACACUGCCAUUCAUUUGCUUUGAUGGAAGGAGGAAUGCUAGUGAAAUGUACAUCUUUGUUUAUCAAUACAUGAACUGGACUGAUGCUCAGAGAUACUGCAGAGAUCAUUACACAGACCUGAUCAGUGUUAGGAGCAAGACUGAGAACCAGAAAAUCAGAUCCCUAUUGCGAGGUUAUUAUAGCAUUGUAUGGAUUGGACUAUACCGAACUUCCAAGUCUUGGUCAGAUAACAGCAGCUACUUAUUCAGCAACUGGAAUCCUGGACAGCCAUAUAAUUAUGGAGAGGAAAUACUGCACUGCUGCUUCAACUGGGUCUGGGAAAUGGACAAAUGAAAACUGUGAACAAACCUUUCCGUUCUUCUGCUACAGAACAACAUCAUCCAUCUCUCAUCAGUUUUACUUCAUUAAUGAGAAUAAGACCUGGACUAAAGCACAGAAAUUCUGCAGAGAAAAUUACACUGACCUGGCUACCAUUAAUGACAUGGAGGACAUACACUCACUCCUUAACACAACAAAAGGCAACUACACUGGUUUGGCCUGGAUUGGACUCUAUGCUGAUGUGGAAAACUGGAGAUGGUCUCUGGAAGAUGAUGCUUUUUAUAAGGAGGGUGAGAGAGAGUUCAGAGGAUGGUACCAUCAACCUGAUAACUACAAUGGCAAAGAAAUGUGCGUUUCCAUGUCGCAUAAUGGGGAAUGGUUUGAUCAGCCAUGUGUUUGGAGAUUGGGAUUUGUUUGCUAUAAUAGUACGAACAACACAUAUGUACAGAUUUCUGAGGGAAUGACCUGGGAAGAAGCACAGAGAUACUGUAGAGCAAAGCACACAGACCUGGCCAGUGUGAGGAAUGAAUCUGAGCUUCAGCAGAUACUGAACAUCACACAGGGCUUUGAAGUUUGGAUAGGUCUUUAUAGGAACCGGUUAUGGUCAGAUCGGAGCAACUCAACCUUUACAUAUUGGAGACCAGAGAUCCAAAACUAUUACAUAGCAGAACCCAAUAAUGGUUUGUAUUCAUAUGGACAAUCUAAAGCACAACACUGCACCGCUUUGGAUUCGUCUGGCAAAUGGACUGAUGAAAACUGCUUCUCCAGUUUCCCUUUCUUCUGCUACAGUGCGUCCAUUCCAGGUGCUAUAAUAGGACUGCGAAUGAAAGUUACAGCACCAGGAAACAUGCUGGAAUCACAAAUUAAAGAACUGGUAUUGAUGGAACUUAAAAAAGAAUUGAUCAGACUGGGGAUGCCAAGGAACAUCAAUCUUAGAGUUAGAAACAUCUGGAAGAUCAGCCCCUGAGAGGAAGUUUUGGUUUCAUUUCUCAUUUAUUCCAUCCUUCAUUCAUUUAUUGUUCAAGUGAAUGAGAAAUGCUAGGUAAUUCUCUUUGUAGAGAUUUGUUGAAUAAAAUAAUACACACUACAUAAUCAAAAUCAACAAAGCUAAUAAAAUAAAGAUCCAUUUUAGAUUAAACACUGCUUGAAAUGCUUCUUACAAUAAAAAUCUCUGUAAUUACAUGAAUAAACAUAGGACUUUUAACCAUUUUGCAAAUAUUAAAAGCGAUUUAAAUUAGGCAACUUAUUUUACAUGG